UUCAAAUAUUCAAACGUCCACGUGUACACUGAGGAUUAGUUUUAAAUUUUAAAUGCACUCACCUUACUCAUAUAUUUAUUAAAUAUCAAUAAUAUAUCAUCGCAGUCAGUGAUGACAAAAAAAUUAGCAUCAAAACCAGACUCGCAACCAAACACCGGACCUGUAAUUUAAAUUUUUAAAGCGCAGUUUAAAUUUCAAAUGUACAAGAAUUUUACAUAAGGUCAUAUUUAUAAAUACCUGAUAUAAUUAUUACCUACGAUGGAUUUAAUGCGUUAUAGAAAAGUAUUUGUUUAUUUAUUAACUUUUCUCGCGUACGCUUGGUCAGGAUACGGAGCUGGACUUCUAGGAAAUUUGCGCGAUGCCGUUUUGAGCGCAGAGACUAUUUUUGGUGAUUUUUUUCAAAGUGCAAUUACUGUUGCGCGUAAAAUAAAAGACAUUCAUGAAGUUUUUGAUGCUGCUGUUGAAGAAAAUUGUAUUUUCUCUUGUCCUAAUGGUGUGACAGCAAAACCUGACAGAAAUCAUGUUCCUCAAAGUAAUGGCUGCGGGUCAUUAGGAAUUGAGAUAAAUCAAGAAUAUUUGCCGCUGUCAGAAAUGACAAAGUGCUGCGACCAACAUGAUAUCUGCUACGACACUUGCAAUUCUGAUAAAGAAAAGUGCGAUCUUGAAUUCAAAAGAUGUCUGUAUAAAUAUUGUGACAGUUAUCAAAGUACUGGAGUGACGAUCGUCAACACGUGCAAGGCAGCUGCCAAGAUGUUGUACACCGGGACCACGGCUUUAGGGUGCAAGAGUUUCAUUGAUGCUCAGUCUGAAGCUUGCUGGUGUGGUAAUAAAAAUAAGAGUAAAAAGAAGAAGGGAAAGUGGUCUGGUUUUGAUGAGCUUUAAAUAAAAUUGUUUAAUUAUUUA